AUGAAGACGGCCACAGUUGACUCUGAACUGAUGAGUAGCAGCAUUGGAAGACUGGCUGAGGAGACGCAGGAGACAGCAGGAGACAGUCCAAGCAGAGAACAGUCUACAGACAGCAGGAGACCUCAGCAGGGAACAGCUACAGCAGAGGAAGCAGGAGGGACAUCUACAGCAGAGGAGCAGGGAGACAGUCUACAACGCAGAAGACGGUCGCAGACCGCAGGAGACAGUCUACAGACAGCAGGAAUUGAACCAGCAGGGAGACAGCAGAGCAGACGGAAGCAGGAGAACGCAGGAAGACAGUCUACGACACAGAGAGACGCAGGAGACAGUCUGACAGACGCCGGUAAGCGGACAGUCUACAACAGCAGGGUACAGAAGAGACCGUCUCAGACAGGCAGGAGACAGUCUCUAGCAGACCAGUCGCAGAAGAGGCAGCAGGAAGACAGGAGGGAGUCUCAGGGCAGCAGAGCGGAGACCAGCAGGAGACAUGUUAUCGCAGCAGCAGGAGAGAGCAGGAGACAGUCACGCAGAGACCGCAUGAGAGGACCAGUUUACAGACAGCAGGAGACCAGUCUAACAGCAGAUGACGAGAGAGUCUCAGAACAACAGGAGAUGGACAAGAGGAGGACAAGAGGAGGACAAGAGGAGGAGAGAGGAGGACAAGAGGAGGACAAGAGGACAAAAGGACAAGAGGAGGAGAGUUCUUCCACUGAGCCUCAGCUUGGUCGUCAGCAGCAGAGAAACAAGAUGCCGACGGUCCGGAGCAAGAAGAAGAAGAAGAAGGAGGUCAGCGAUGGAGACGAGCAGGGAGAAGUCGGGCUGGAGGUGGAGAUGGACGAAGCAACCAAUAGGAGCCAUUCUGACAGCAGAGACCCUUUGACCCCAGAGCCACAGGAUCCAGCACCACAGAAGAAGAAGAAGAAGAAGAAAGCGCCGACUCAUGAUCAGGACAAUGACAACGCUGACAUGCCCAACGGCAACAUGGACGAGCACCAUGACGGAGAGGAAACCACUGUGGCUGUAACCAGGAAGACGAAGAGGAAGAGGAAGACAAAGAUGACGGAGCACCACAGCAAUGACCUCGGAGCCGAGGACGGCGACAUCGUCACCGACGCUCAGUCUCCCAUCCCCCAGCAUUCCCUGUUCUCGGCUCCACACGGACACAGCCAGCCGGUUGGCAAAGUCUUUGUGGAGAGGAACAGGCGUUUCCAGGCAGAGCGAGUUGAGCAGCUCCGACACUCAGAGAUGAUGGACGACUACAUGGACCCCAGACAGAUCUGGACCACCAGAGACGUCGCUAUGAAGGUCCACAGUGGUUUCAGGGUCAUCGGCCUGUUCUCUCACGGUUUCCUGGCCGGCUACGCCGUGUGGAACAUCAUUGUUGUGUAUGUGUUAGCAGGCGAGCAGAUGACCACGCUGCCCAACCUGCUGCAGCAGUAUCACCUGCUGGCCUACCCGGCCCAGUCUCUGCUGUACCUGCUGCUCGCCAUCAGCACCGUGUCUGCAUUCGACAGGGUGAACCUGGCCAAGGCCUCCAUGGCUCUGAGAGGCUUCCUCACUCUGGACCCUGCAGCUCUCGCUUCUUUCUUGUACUUCAUCGCCCUGAUCCUGUCCCUCAGUCAGCAAAUGACCAGCGAUCGCAUCAACCUCUAUCCUACAGCCAACGUGACGCUGUGGCCUCCAGGUUCUGAGGAGCAGAUCCUGCGUCCGUGGAUCGUAGUGAACCUGGUGGUGGCGCUGUUGGUGGGCCUGGCCUGGGCCGUCGUCUCCACGCGGCCGGACAUCGACUACACGGAAGGUUGGUGGAGAUGUUUGACUCCGAGUCUGAGACUCAACAAAGACUUAAGACUCCUGACGACUGCAGAGAGGUCGACAACCAGGCUGUGUGUUGCUGUGUGUUGCUGUGUGUUGCUGUGUGUUGUGUUGCUGUGUGACCCUGAGCUGGUCUUCACUGAGCACGUGCAGACCCUGAGCUGGUCUUCACUGAGCGCGUGCAGACCGGCCCGUCCUGCUUUGGUGGUUCUGGGUCGUCCACAGCUGGUGCUGGUUAGCUGCUAG